CCUUUUCAGGGUUGACUUCAUCUUCAUGUGUCCUCUGCUCUGGCUCAUUGGCAUGACCAUUACAAGUAUGUGGAUCCCCCUGAGGCCAGUGGAAGACGAAGUCGACCCGGAAAAGGCGCGAAAGCUAGAGGAGAUGAUUGUGAUCCUCCACAAGGUGUGUUGUACCUGUGGCAUUGUCACGCUGUCGACCCAGAAAUACUCUGAAGCGUCUAGAAUCAUCUUUGCCACUUGGUUCACUGUAGAAAACACUUGAAGGUCAUGGAGAAGGGACACAUAGGCUUGAGGCUGGAUAUAAAUACCUACAUUCUUUCAUAGCUUUAGAUACUCUGUCGAUCAAAUAUUGUUGUCUCUCCAG